AUGCUUUUCAUGGUUUACACGUCGCAGAAGGUACGUAACGCCAUCAUUAACACAGACCGGUCGGAUGAGUUUUGGAGGGAACAACUUGGUCGUGCGCUUGACCCACCCGGAUCUGUGGAACAAGUUGGUGAUCUUCGGCUCACGGAGUCGAGGAGCUAUUUGUUUGAAUGCUACCAGCGUAACCGAAAGCGGCCAAAGGCGGAUAUCUAUUUCUGCGGACUUGGCUGGGUUGCGUUCUGUGUGAAUGAGCCCGCAGAUGUGGUACUGCGUGUGCGGACCUUACCGGGAGUAGUGCAUGGUGUGCGCGAACCGUUGCGGUACAAGGACCUACUGGCAUUUAAAGGGUGGCCGAAACUGCAUUUAUAUUGUAUGCAUGGAAAGAUGCACUUAAUGUGGUUCGGUUUGUGUAUUUCUAAUUUGCUGCUGUAG